GUUCAAACAUCUGAAAAGCAUUGUUCGAUAUUACAAAAAAAACAGGUCGCUUAGGAUUUCAAGGUUAAAGAGUCGAUAAAAUAAUGCGUCAUUAGUUCGCCUUCAGGAAGCGCUCUGGAAUCAUUCAAGAUUCGUAACAUCAACCUCGAAAUCGCCUGGGUUCGACCUGCAACAUUUCCAGACAGUUCCAACUGCUGCAAAUCGACCUAUGUGCGAACUCCCAGAUGAUUUCAUGCCUUGGCCGAUUCUGGUACGAUUUGUACCUAGAAACGGCUAAAUUUCCAGCUGAUUCGGUAAUAUAGGAAUGAGGGUGAUAUUGAUGACAGAAAUGGUGAAUGGGCGAGUGGGUGAAAGUGGGUUUGUUGGUUUGAUAUAUGUGCAAACUUUUUUAUUCGAAGUAAAUUGAGAUGCUGGGUACUCGCUUUUGCAAUAGAUUCCAAUGGCAUUUGCAAGGCCACAUACACACUGACGCAAGUGCAAGCACACCCAGUCAAAUAGUGAAGAAGAAAUUAUUGCAAAUGAAAAAGAAGAAGAAGAAAAACAGCAAACAGGAAGUCUUGGUGAGAGUACCUGAGUCGAAAGCUUAUCUAGACACUGCAACAGCUCCCAUGGUCUUGUCUGCAGUCGCCAUUGCAUUAAUUAUGAAACUGCUUAUGAUGUAUGAUGAUUCAAAAGAACAAGAACGAAUAGAGCGCAAAGCAAGAAAUGCUCCUCCAGAACAGGGCACUGUUAGAAUGCUUUCUCGUGAAGAAUGGGAAGAGAUACAAGAAGUUAGGCCUAGGACACCUUUUGAGUCUCGAAUUGCACGUCCUAACGCUCGCAUAAGGACAGGGGACACUGUACAUCUGGAUGAUGUCAAGGACUGGAGCAUUGAUAUACUCACAGAUGCAUUUACAAGAGCUGAGGAGAAUAUUCAACACAAUUUAAGAGGCAAUCGCUAAUCAGUUCAUUACACAGGCAACGAAUUUUGAAGCAAUGCAUGGUUUAGAACAGCUACGUGCAUAAACCAAUAGAACAAAAAGUAAGCAGUGUAACAUUGUAAAUGUAAGUUGGCUUGAUGGAUGUUCACUUGCUUGUAUCUCAAAUAAAUUUCCUGGUAGGAAUUAGUAAUUACUUUCUGGGAACCUUUUUUAAGUUGUUCCCUAGAAACUCUUGCUCAAAUUUUGUCUAAUUUUAUGUUUUUUACUUUUAUUGGUCCCUCUGAUUUGUUUUUCACUACAUCUUACAAAUCUCACCAUGUUCUCAUGUUUCUGCAAAAUUUCUAAUGGAUCAAUAAAGUUAUUUUUCAUUAA